AUGAGUACAAAAGGUAUAAGUGAUCAAGCUGUUGAUAGAUUAGAAGAAUCCGGCUAUCUUAUGAACGUGCGUUCUGAAAUGAAAGCAGAAAUUAUGAAAUGCUUAGUCGAAAUGGAAAAUCAAGGCGAAUUACCUCCUCAUCUUCGCAUAAAACGUUUCACACCAACAACAGAUGAAGAUGCAAAUGCACUUGCUUAUAUUGCGGAAUUCAUGAAAUUCCAUGGACUUGAACAUUCACUAGAAUGCCUCAAAGCUGAAACAAAUGGAGAAAUAUUACAAAUUCGAAGCGGAAGCAAUAUGAGUGAACUUGCUACAGCAAUUGCAAGUCAUGAUGCUAGUGGAAAUGGACCUAAUCCUUUGCUUGCUGAUUAUAAGUAA